AUGUCGGCACACAGCGCCAUCCUGCAGAGAGCUGCGUUGCUUCCCUUUCACUGCCAGAUUGUGGACUCUCUGGUGCCAGGGCAAGACGACAGCCCGGACGAAGGCGAUGCAUUGGUCAUCAUCGCACGGGGUCUUGGCCUCCGCAGAAUCGUCAGCACGAUUCUGCGCAUCUACGACUCGCCCAACAGUCUGGUUGUCCUGGUCAACGCAACAUCCGAGGAAGAAAGCGGCAUCGGAGAAGAGCUGACGACGUUGGGAGUCCGCAAGCCGGGGCUUCGAGCCAUUCAUCACGAAAUGCCAGCCAAGCAACGAUCCGAGAUGUACCUGUCUGGAGGCAUAAUGAGCGUCACUUCACGCAUUCUGGUGGUGGACAUGCUGAGCAAGAGGAUUCCAACGGGUCUCAUCACGGGACUGGUGGUUCUCCACGCCGAGAAAGUGACUCCGACCUCGGUCGAAGCUUUCAUUGCACGCAUCUAUCGGCAAGAGAACAAAGAAGGCUUCCUCAAGGCUUUCUCCGACAACCCAGAACACUUCACAAUGGGCAUCAGCCCUCUGCAAACGGUACUGAGCCAGCUCCGGAUCAGAAAGGUGGAACUCUGGCCAAGGUUCCACCAGCAGACGAGCAAAGACCUGGGCCAACGCAAGGCAGAUGUGAUCGAGCUUCAUCAACCCUUAAGUCGGUCCAUGCGCAACAUCCAGACAGCAAUCAUCGAGUGCCUUGAUGCAUCCUUGUCUGAGCUGAAGCGCGGUAAUGCUAACGUUGAGACAGACGACUUUUCCAUCGAGCAUGCCAUCUUCCGGGCCUUUGACGUCGUCGUUCGAAGGCAGCUCGAUCCAAUCUGGCAUCGGGUCAGCGCCAAGACAAAGCAGCUUGUCGGGGAUUUGACGACGCUACGAAAUCUGCUCAACUAUCUUCUCACGUACGACUGUAUCACAUUCAACUCUUACCUCGAAACGAUCCUGGCCUCGAGCACAACAACUUCCAAGGGCACUACUCGACAGAAUCAAUCCGCCUGGCUCUUCAUGGAUGCAGCAAAUGUCAUCUUUCACGAGGCGAAACGAAGGGUGUACAUCUGGGACGAGUCCCGAAGCCGGGGGCCACUGCAGUCCGAAGACCGGUCCUAUGCAGACGACGAGGAAGCGCUACGGCAAGCAGAAGGAAACGGGGCAACCAUCGGCCAAGCUCACGAAGGUGCAGUGCCCCCGGAAGUCGAGCCUGUGCUCGAGGCCAAUCCGAAAUGGCAGCUCCUGCAAGAGGUUUUGGACGAAGUCGAGCAAGAGAUUCACUUUAACUUCGCCGACAAUGAUUCGGGAGUCGGUAACACGAUCUUAAUCAUGUGCGGCUCCGAGAGGACCAGCAUGCAGCUUCGACAAAUCAUAUCCUCGAUGGAUGAUAGUCCUCCAGGAGAGCCAGGGAAAAAGCUGUUGCAACAACUACUGCGGUCAUACUUCCUCUGGAAAGGAGGUCUUGGCAAGCUGAACGGCGAAAAAAAUGACGGAUCCGGAAACGGUGAACCGCGCGCAGCGCAAGGAAAUCUCCUACAAGCUGGUCCCAUCAACGAAGCCCUGAAGCGAAAAGCAACCUUUCAGAGGGGUCAACAGUCCGCUUCUAACAAGAGACGACGCCAACGUGGCGGUUCAUCUGCUCAGAGUGCGAGCGGACGAUUCAGCAGUGCCACGGACACGGUGGGGCAAGCGAACUUGCAAGCUGAAGCAGCGCAGGUCUCUGACUUCAUUGCUUCUGCAGCCAACGGCAAUGAGAGUGGAACGUCUACCGUCGAAGCUCCUCUCGAUGCCGAACAAAUUUCCGACGAGAUCGACGAGGUCGAAUUCGAUGCCUUCUUCGGGAUGCUCAGCAUGGAGAACUUGGUGGUUGUCCGCUCUUACCGUGGUGAUCAAGACGACAAGGUUCUACAGGAACUGCGCCCACGCUUCGUGAUCAUGUACGAUCCUGAUCCGGCAUUCGUUCGGAGAGUGGAAGUGUACAGAAGCACGAAUCCUGGGGUUGGCGUGCGAGUCUACUUUCUCAUCUAUGCCGAUUCCGUCGAAGAACAGAGAUACCUCAGUGCCCUUCGUCGAGAAAAGGAGUCGUUCGAGAGACUCAUCCGAGAGAAGUCAAUGAUGGCUUUGCCACUCUCUGCAGAUGGUCGACCGAUAGCCGAAGACGCGGAUCAGCGAUUCCUUCGCACCAUCAGCAGCCGCGUAGCAGGUGGACAACAGUCAGCGACGGCUGAACCUCCUCGAAUCAUCGUCGACAUGCGCGAGUUUCGAUCAAGCCUGCCAUCCAUGUUGCAUGCAGCUGAUAUCCAGGUCAUACCCUGCACACUGCAAGUCGGCGACUAUGUAUUGACGCCAACGAUGUGCGUCGAGCGCAAAAGUCUCACGGAUUUGAUCCAGAGUUUCAACUCAGGCCGACUGUACACUCAGUGCGAGCUGAUGUGCGUGCACUACCAGCAUCCGAUCUUGUUGAUUGAGUUUGAUCAAGACAAGUCCUUUUCGCUCAAAUCGUCCAAUGACGGGAAGGCAACGGGACGCACAUCUGGGACGGAACUCGACAUACAGGCCAAGCUCGUCUUGUUGACCUCGGCCUUUCCAAGGCUGCGCAUCAUCUGGUCGAGCUCUCCUUAUGCCACUUCCGAUAUCUUUGCUGACCUCAAGCAAAACUUUGACGAGCCGGAUGCUGCCAAAGUGGCCUUAGUGGGUCUGGACGACGUCCUCGAAGCAGAAGGAAGCACGACGAGCGCGCUCGUCAGACGUGCUGAUUGGCAGUCUUCGAGCGAGCAUUCCUUCAAUCUAGGUCCACAAGACCUGCUACGAGCUCUUCCCGGCGUCAACACCAAGAAUUUCCGCUACAUCAUGAGUCAAGUUCGUGACAUUUCAGAUCUCUGCAACAUGCCUAUGGAGGAUCUCAGCGAGCUCAUUGGCGUCGAACCGGCGCGGCAGCUCUCGCGAUUCAUCGAGCGAGGGCUUUGA